AUGCCACAUGCUUUGUUACCACCUUUCUUACCUUGUCCUAAUGCCAACCCAUCUUCAUGGACUUGUCAGGAAAAUCUUAUGCCAGAAUUUCAGUCAUCAGCUCCCCCCUCUUUAAUUGGUAUUCUAUCUGCAAGUUCCAGCCAUGUUGAAGAAAUUCAAGAGCCCACACUUGACUUGAGGGAGGUUCAAAUCUUCUCUACAUCCUCUGAAUCUGAAGAUAACAAUGAGGCCGAGAUAGAAAAUACAGUGCAUAAUAAGGGGGCCGAUAUCAUUGAGGAGCCGAAGGUGGGGAUGGUCUUCAAAUCUGAAGACGAGUUAGUUUCUUAUUAUAAAGGCUAUGGGAAACAAUGCGGUUUUGGGAUAAUGACUCAAAGGAGUCAUAGGUUUGAGGAUGGGAGCCUCAGAUAUAUCACGCUUUGUUGUUCUCGUGGUGGGAAGGCACGGAACCGGACGAAAAAUGUUGCGAGACCACGUCCGACGUCAAAGACUGACUGUAAGGCAAAGAUAAAUGCUACGUUCAUGGAUGGAGUAUUCAAGUUGUUGAGUGUUCACAAUUCCCACAAUCACGGCCUAAGUCCACAGAAGUCGAGAUUCUUUCGCUGUAAUAAAGAAGUGAGCGAGUCUGUUAAGAGAGUAUUAUAUACAAAUGAUCAAGCUGGCAUUAGACUAAACAAGAGUUUUGCAGCACUUGUGCAAGAAGUGGGUGGGUUUGAGAACUUGCCUUUCAGUGAGAAAGAUUGCAGAAAUUAUAUUGAUAAGGCACGCCCUUCAGACAUCGACCACGAUGAUGAUGGAAGGCUGAAGAAUGUCUUUAGUGGCGCUGAAGCUCUUCAUCAGUAUUUUGCUAGGAUGCAAUACAAAAAUGACGGAUUCUUUUCAGACAUUGACCACGAUGAUGAUGGAAGGUUGAAGAAUGUCUUCUGGGCAGAUGAACGGAGCAGGGCAGCCUACAAAUAUUUUGGUGACGUUGUGACAUUCGACACCGCAUACCUGAAAAAUAGGUAUGGAAUGCCGUUUGCACCGUUUGUUGGUGUAAACCACCAUGGUCGGUCAAUCCUUCUGGGGGCAGGAUUGAUUUUUAACGAGGAUACAUAA